UGUAGUGUCCUGUAUUUACUCUGUGUUAUUAGGCAGGCUUUUGGUAACUGUUGUUUUGUCCAUUUUUCAUAUCAAAUUCGCUUUGUUUAUGUUUGCUCUUUUUAUUUCUCUUCUGAUGGUUCGGAAGAGGUCCAAUGCUUGUAUCAAUAUCGAUAGUUCUCAAGAUUGUGAUUUCGUCGAGUCUGAAGAUAUCUUUGAUUCAGAAGAUGAAAACCAAAGUGAUGCUUCUCAUGGGAUUGAUCAUUCUUAUGAUGGUGAUCACGAAAGUCUUAAACGAGCUGCUUAUAAGGAAGUUCUUAAGGAUUUUGCAGAGAUCAAAAUUUUAAAAAGGAAGCUGGCAUUGUCUCUUAGUCGUGAGGAGACUAAUUCUAAUUCUGUCAAGCCCAGCAAAGAUGAUUUCACAAGAUUUUCUGUGUCUACUUUCUCAUCAGUUGUUGAGUCAUUAACCCCUGAGAAUAGGAAGGUUAUUGAAGACUUUGGUUUUGGCAGUCUACUUCAUUUUGAUUGGUGUUUUGUACCAAACAAAUUUGUGAAGUGGUUGGUUUUAGAUCUUAUGAAGCUUGUUGCUGAUUCUGUUGCCACUGAUGAUGAUAAUAAUGAUGAGUACAGUUCUCAAGAUGUUAAUGCUGCUUCCCAACAUCAGAACUGUCCUAAUGAUGUUACUGUUAAAGAUGUAGAUGUCUCUGAUCAUGUCCUCUGCUCCCAACACCAACCCUUCAAUGAAUAUGAUAACUCCUUUUCAGCUGCAAUUACUAAUGAUGGUCAGAUCAAAUCCUCUCCUUAUGUUUCCGGUGAUACUACUGUUCGUGAUUUGAAAAAACCAGCUACUUUACCCACUCCUAAUUUGUCUCAUGCAAAUAUCAACACUCAGAAAGCCAAUCUUGAUGUUCCAUCUGUUGUUGCAAGAGUCAUGGAGAAGUUGACUAGAAACAAUUCAUGCACUCCUCCAUCUGCCCAUAAAACUACCCCAAGAUUUGUCCCACCACCAUCUGGCUAUCCUCCUACCCAUCCUGUAUAUCAGUCUUUAAGCCAAAAACAUGAAUCCACACCUCCUCCUCAACCAAGACAGUCCCCUCAAAUGAAACCUCUUGUUGACUCAUCAAAUUUUGAUCGUUCUAAACAUUUGAAGCAGUCAGAUAAUUCUGAAGUCGAUGGUGAUUCUUCUAGUGAUGUUAUCAUGAUUGACAUUGAAAACAGAUAUGCUCCCGAUUCGAUUUCUCCUUCCCCAGUUCCUGGAAUGCGUAGAUUUUCAAUUCGUCAGAAAUUUCCUGGGAAAGAGAAUAUUUGUCCUGCUUCCUCCCAAAGACCCUGCCCAGAUGUCGAAAUCAUUGAUGAAAGAAGUUUAUCUGAUACUGUUAUUCGUAUGACUAGAAGAUCUGAUGAGAUAUAUAAUUCCAACCUUCUGAAAUCUGGAAACAAUGCAAAUACUCCUGCAGGCAGUGGUUCUUUAGCUGAUCAUUUGAAUCAUCAGCUUUCUAUGCCUUCCCAGCCUUACAGGAUUUCUGAUUCAACAACUGGUGGCAAAUUGCCUAUUCAUGGUCCAAGGAGGUUUGCCAAACCAGCUUGA